AUGGCUUUGUUGGGAUCUCAGUUAUCUACGAUUCUAAUUUUCAUCGCAAUUGGCAUCAUGCUUUUUAUAUGGUACAGCUGGCAUCAAAAUAGUGCUGUUUUAUCACGAUCAGUAGGCGAUUGCAACGGAGAACAUGCGUUUUACAAGACAGUGACGCUUGACUCUGGUUGGGAUAAUCGUGCCUAUGCAAUUUAUCAACGAAUCUCUCAAAAGUUAAACAAAAAAAAAGAAGUUCGUCUAGUGAAGUUUCCCUUUGGAGGACUUACUGCUCGAGUUUUGGAAACUGACGAAGAAUCCUCAUUUUGGGAUCUUGUCGAGAAGGGAACCUGGGAACUGAAAACUUAUACUGCAUUAAUGCACUAUCUUAGUUCGGACACGGUCGUCGUUGAUGUUGGCACUUGGAUUGGACCAACAGUUCUCUUUAGCAGCCAGUUAGCGGCUAGAACUUACGCUAUUGAAGCUGAUCCUGCCGCUUUCUCAAAAAUAUCGCAUAACUUAAAGCAAAAUGCCCAAUCGCUCUGGUAUCAUCAUGUUCAUCUACAAGCUGGGUGUUUAGGAGUGGAGUCCACUCAUGUUCAAAUGAAGAGUGCGCUUCCCGGUAAUAGUAUGUCCUCGAUUCACAAAUUGUUUCAACAAGGGAAUAAUCGUGCUCCUGCUCAAUGGACAGUACGUUGUUAUCGCUUGCCUGAGCUAUUUACGAUAUGGCAAAUUAAUCCUACCAUUGAACAUGUAUUUGUGAAAAUCGAUAUCGAAAGCUACGAAUGCAAAGUCUUGCCAAAUUUGUAUUCAUGGUUGGCCACUUUGAAACGAAAGCCAACUCUUUAUAUUGCCAUGCACAGUCAAAUAACAACUUGUAGCAAAGAAGAAUAUGCGAUGAUUGCCAAAAUAGCUGAGUUGUAUCGGUUUCGUAGUACUUCAUUUGUUACCGGAAAUGGUUCUGUUGCACCAACAGGUGAACAUGUGCUAAGUGAUUUGAUAGCGCCACCUUAA